GCUACAGUUUCUGUCCUUGUCUCUGCCUCCAGCUCCUUAAGAGACACCCAGCCCCAGCGAUUGGAUUGGGCAGCCCGUCUUGACACACCACUGUGCUGAGUGCUUGAGGACGUGUUUCAACAGAUGGUUGGGGUUAGUGUGUGUCAUCACAUUCGAGUGGGGAUUAGGGAACGGGAGGCUGCCUUGCUGGAGCUGUGUGGUCUUCUGCAAGUGUGAGUUGCAAGCAAAAGAAGAGCUACUUAGCUUUUGGGAGAAGAGUGAGGAUUCAUUUUCAGCAGCUAAAAGAAAAGCAGUUUGUUCAGAUCUUCCAUACAGUAACUCUCUCACACCUGUGGUGCUCAUGAAUGAUUGGUUUCUCCCAUUUGUGAAAGAAAUCUAACACUGUCCUCAUCAUAUACAGUAAGAAAAGACUGAGCUGUGGCAGAGUGAAAAAUGACAAUAUUUCUUUCUUUCAUAAGGUCUUGAAUGUAAUAAACUCACUGGACAAGGCAUAAAGACUUCUGUUAAUGCUAUGAAAAUUAACUACAUCACAUUAGCAGCAGAAAAUCUUCAAAGGGCUCCUCCUACAGAUGUUCUGAACAGCAGUGCAUCACAGCAAUUCAUUAUUAUAUCCAGAUCUUGAAAACUAAGGAACAGACACUUUGGGGAAAUUAUUUUGCUUGUGAUAUUGAAACUACAAUGAAGUAUUAUUGCUUUGCACUCCUUUUGACUGCGCUUAGUACUGACUUGCUAAGAAGUCUCUGUACUACUGUCAAAUCCCCAAGGUUCAGAGGACGUGUGCAGCAGGAGCGAAAAAAUAUCAGACCCAACAUUAUUCUCGUACUAACAGAUGACCAAGAUGUGGAGCUUGGGUCCUUGCAGGUGAUGAAUAAGACUAGAAGGAUCAUGGAGAAUGGAGGUGCUACCUUUAUCAAUGCCUUCGUAACCACCCCAAUGUGCUGCCCAUCUCGGUCCUCCAUGCUGACAGGGAAAUACGUUCACAAUCACAACAUAUACACCAACAACGAAAACUGCUCUUCUCCUUCCUGGCAGGCAACACAUGAACCACGUACCUUUGCAGUGUAUCUCAACAACACUGGCUAUCGGACAGCUUUUUUUGGGAAAUACCUCAAUGAAUACAAUGGCAGCUACAUCCCUCCUGGGUGGAGAGAGUGGGUUGGAUUAAUCAAGAACUCUCGCUUCUAUAAUUACACUGUUUGUCACAAUGGCCACAAAGAGAAACAUGGAUUUGAUUAUGCAAAGGACUACUUCACAGACUUAAUCACUAAUGAGAGCAUUAAUUACUUCAAAAUGUCUAAGAGAAUGUAUCCCCAUAGGCCCAUAAUGAUGGUUAUCAGCCAUGCAGCCCCUCAUGGCCCUGAGGAUUCUGCACCACAAUUUUCAGAGCUCUAUCCAAAUGCUUCGCAGCACAUAACUCCAAGCUAUAACUACGCACCAAACAUGGAUAAACACUGGAUCAUGCAGUACACUGGGCCUAUGCUGCCUAUCCACAUGGAAUUUACAAAUGUCUUACAGCGCAAAAGGCUUCAGACAUUGAUGUCAGUUGAUGACUCCAUGGAAAGGUUAUAUCAUAUGCUUGUGGAGACGGGAGAACUGGAGAAUACCUACAUGAUUUACACUGCUGACCAUGGUUACCAUAUUGGGCAGUUUGGACUGGUCAAGGGAAAGUCAAUGCCAUAUGACUUUGAUAUUCGAGUUCCUUUCUUUAUUCGUGGGCCAAGUGUAGAGCCGGGAUCAGUAGUGCCUCAGAUAGUGCUGAAUAUUGACCUUGCGCCAACUAUUCUGGAUAUUGCAGGACUUGACACGCCUCCAGAUAUGGAUGGCAAGUCUGUCUUAAAACUUCUGGACCUCGAAAAGCCAGGAAACAGGUUUCGAACAAACAAGAAGACCAAAAUUUGGCGUGAUACAUUUCUAGUGGAAAGAGGCAAAUUUCUGCGCAAGAAGGAGGAACCCAACAAAAAUGCUCAACAGUCUAACCAUUUACCAAAAUAUGAGAGAGUAAAAGAAUUAUGCCAGCAAGCAAGAUACCAGACAGCUUGUGAGCAACCUGGACAGAAAUGGCAGUGCAUUGAAGAUUCUUCUGGCAAGCUUCGAAUUCACAAGUGUAAGGGAUCCAGCGACAUGUUCACCAUCAGAAAGAGAACGCGAAGCAUACACUCCCAGGGAUACAGCAAUAAAGACAAAGAAUGCAUCUGCACAGAUGCUGAUUACCGAACCAGCAGGACCCAGAGAAAAAAUCAAAGACAGUUCAUGAGAAACCCCAGUGCCCAAAAAUACAAACCCCGAUUUGUUCAUACUCGCCAAACUCGGUCCUUGUCUGUGGAAUUUGAAGGUGAAAUAUUUGACAUAAACCUGGAGGAGGAGGAACUACAAGUGUCACAGUCGAAAAGUAUUAGUAAGCGUUAUGACACUGAAAAUGAGCAGGAUUCAGAAGACAGUGAUGAUGGUGGUGGUGGUGAAGAAGAAGAAAUGAUAGCUGAUGGCACCAAUGCUGUUGGCCAACCUGAUUCCGUCAGAGUGACACACAAGUGUUUUAUUCUUCCGAAUGACACCAUUCACUGUGAGAGGGAACUAUACCAAUCAUCCAGAGCCUGGAAGGACCACAAGGCCUACAUUGAUAAGGAGAUUGAAGCUCUGCAAGAUAAAAUUAAGAAUUUAAGGGAAGUGAGAGGACACCUAAAAAGAAGAAAACCUGAUGAAUGUGAUUGUAGCAAACAGAGCUAUUACAACAAAGAGAAAGGGGUGAAGGCCCGAGAGAAACUGAAGAGUCACCUUCAUCCAUUCAAAGAAGCAGCACAGGAAGUGGACAGCAAACUUCAGCUAUUCAAAGAGAACCGCAGGAGAAAGAAGGAGAGAAAGGGAAAGAGGCGCCAGAAGAAAGGAGAUGAAUGCAGUCUUCCUGGACUUACGUGUUUUACCCAUGAUAAUAACCACUGGCAGACAGCACCGUUCUGGAACUUGGGGUCUUUCUGUGCUUGCACAAGUUCAAACAACAACACCUACUGGUGUUUGCGAACAAUUAAUGAGACACACAAUUUUCUCUUCUGUGAAUUUGCAACCGGAUUCUUGGAAUAUUUUGAUAUGAACACUGAUCCCUAUCAGCUGACAAAUACAGUACACACAGUGGAAAGAGGCAUUUUGAAUCAAUUACAUAUACAGCUAAUGGAAUUGAGAAGUUGUCAAGGUUACAAGCAGUGCAAUCCACGACCUAAGGGACUUGAAACAGGAAAUAAAGAUGGAGGAAGCUAUGAUCCACACAG